UUCUUGCUAUCUUGAUCAGCUCUCAUCUUUCACAGCCACAUCCCGGAACGAAAAAAGAGAGAAUGUGGAGGCUCAAGAUUGCUGAAGGUGAUGGGCCGCACCUGUUUAGCACCAACAAUUUCGUAGGUAGACAAUUUUGGGAGUUCGAUCCCGACGCCGGGACGCCGGAAGAGCGAGCAGAAGUGGAACAAGCUCGAGAGUACUACAAGAAAAACGGCAAAAGAGGUCCAACCGAUCGGCGUUGGCCUAGUGGCGAUCUUCUUGCGCGAAUGCAGCUCAAAACGGAAAACAAGCAUAUUGAUCUAAGCUUACCCCCGGUGAGAUUUGGGCCAGACGAAGAUGUGAAUUAUGAAGGACUGACGACUGCUUUAAGGAAAGCUGUGCGAUUGCAUUGUGCCAUCCAAGCAAGUGAUGGGCACUGGCCAGGUGAACAUUCUGGCCCGAUGUUUAUCACACCUGCCCUGAUCAUCAUGCUGUAUAUUAGUGGAACAAUAAGUACCUUCCUAACAGAAGCACACAGAAAGGAGCUAAUUCGAUUCAGCUAUCUUCAUCAGAACGACAAUGGUGGGUGGGGAUUCCAUCUAGAGGGCCACAGCACCAUGAUUGGUACGGCAGUAAAUUACGUUGCAUUACGUCUGCUUGGAGAAGGGCCUGACGAUGGAGAAAACAGAGCGAUGACCAGAGCCCGGGAGUGGAUAAUCGGCAAUGGUGGUGCAACUGGGAUCCCAUCUUGGGGGAAACUUUAUUUGUCAGUGUUAGGAGUUUAUGAAUGGUCGGGCUGCAAUCCGUUACCUCCUGAAUUUUGGCUUUUCCCUUCUUUUUUGCCUUAUCAUCCAGGAAAAAUGUGGUGUUAUUGUCGCACAGCUUACAUGCCUAUGUCGUACUUGUAUGGGCGGAAAUAUCACGGGCCUAUCACCGAACUGGUUAAGUUGUUGAGGUGCGAAAUUCAUACUACGCCCUAUGAGAAAAUAGAUUGGAACAAAGCACGCCAUGACUGUUGUAAGGCAGAUCUUUACUACCCUCAUGUCUUCAUACAAGAUGUACUCUGGGAUUGUCUUCAUUACUUGGGUGAGCCACUCAUGAACUGCUGGCCCUUUAACAAGAUCAGAAAGAGAGCUUUGGAAAAAGCACUGAAGCAUAUGCAAUAUUCAGGGGAGAACAGUAGAUACAUUACCACAGGAGCUGUGGAAAAGAGCCUACAAAUGAUGUGUUGGUGGGCAGAGGAUCCAAAUGGUGAUGAGUUUAAGAACCAUCUUGCCAGAGUUCCUGACUGGUUAUGGCUUGCAGAAGACGGGAUGAAAAUGCAGAAUCUGGGUAGUCCGCUUUGGGAUUGUGCUUUCGCAACGCAGGCACUUCUUUCCAGUCGUAUGAUUGAUGAAUGUCUUCCUUCCCUAAAGAAAGCACAUUUUUAUAUGAGAGAAUCACAGGUAAAAGAAAAUCCAAACGGUGAUUUCAAGAGUAUGUAUCGACACAUGAGCAAAGGAGCAUGGUGCUUAUCCGAUCAAGAUAACGGUUGGGCAGUUUCCGACUGCACAGCAGAGGCAUUGAGAUGCCUACUGUUGUUUUCGCAAAUGCCACUAGAAAUUGUUGGAGAAAAAGUUGAUGAGGAGCAUCUAUAUGCUGCUGUGAAUUUUCUACUUUACGUACAAAGCCCUAUAAGCGGAGGUUUUGCUAUCUGGGAGCCACCGAUUCCUCAACCGUAUAUGCAGGCGUUGAACCCAUCAGAAUGUUUUGCUGACAUUGUGAUCGAGUUUGAGCACGUCGAAUGCACUGGAUCCAUCAUCCAAAGUCUCGUAACAUUCAAAAGUUUACAUCCGUCAUAUCGGGCAAAAGAAAUAGAAAUUGCAGUGGCAAGAGCAACGUAUUUUUUGGAGCAAAAACAACAGCCUGAUGGUUCUUGGUAUGGCUAUUGGGGAGUUUGCUUCGUCUACGGCACAUUUUUUGUACUCAGAGGACUGGAUUCAGUUGGAAAGACGUACAACAACAGCGAAGCUGUCCGUCGAGGUGUUCGGUUCUUGCUUUCGACGCAAAAUAAAGAGGGUGGCUGGGGAGAAAGCCUUGAAUCUUGCCCAUCCGUGAAAUAUCAACCGCUAGAAGGAAAUCAAACGAACAUCGUGCAAACAUCAUGGGGUCUGUUGGGACUUCUUUUUUCUGGACAGGCUGAAAGAGAUCCAGCCCCGUUGCACAAAGCCGCAAAGGUCUUAAUCAACGCGCAGCAGGACGACGGUGACUUUCCCCAACAGGAAAUCACCGGAGUGUCCUUGAGGAACUUGAUGAUCCAUUAUGCACACUACAAGAACGUUUUCCCGUUUUGGGCGUUGGGAGAGUAUCGGAACCGUGUUUGGCCACAGCCCCAGAAAGUUUGAGUUUCGGCUUCCGAUUUCGAAGCAUUCUUCAACGGUUUCCACAUCUACAGAAGAUUCAAUAGCUUGUUUUGGCGAUCACAUCAAAAAGUGUUAUAUGCCACAAUGUUAUAUCUACAUACUUACAAUGUUAAAAUAAGAAAGUCCCUUUUCUUUUCUUUUUUUCCCCUGUAUCUUUGCUUAAAAUUCGUGUCUAUGUAAAACUCAUUUUACAUUCUUAGACCCCUUUGCGGAAGGAGCGGAUAAGGUUAAUUGAACAUGUAAUUGUAGCCAGUCCCAAAAACUUCUAUAUAAAAUUUUCAUUAAGGAUGAACUCAAUUUUUAUUUACCUCCAAGUACAAUCUCACGAGAAGAUUACCCUUUUACUCUUUACUAAAUACAACCAUCAUCUCCCACAUCCACCCCACAAUCACCUCCGGCCGGCGAGUACCUCUGGCCGGCGACCACAAAUUCACGGUGCGUUUUUCAUUUUUCUAGCGACUUGUUCGGGAAAAAAUGAAUCCGAAGUAUACCACAAUUUCGCAGUGUGAAAUUCACAGUCCAACACAAAUUUGCGACUUAAAGUGUGAAAAAUCCGCAGUGUUUUUCUAAAGUCUAAACGUAUAAAAAUUCGCAGUGCCUUGGUGUCGAGUUGAGUUCCUUGCUAAAGAGGUCGUCGUGGACGUCGUCCUGUUGUUGAUCAUGGGAAUUGAGGUAGUAAUUGAAAAGAUCCAAGAACCAGGAGAUACCGUUGGAAGGGACUAUGAUGGUGGACCUAGUAGCGGACGUCUUCUCUGAGAUUUUGAGGUACCUUCCCCUGGGAUUCUCCUUGAGAUCGAAGUAGAACAGCUUGCGCUCCACUUGUAAUGUCUUACGCAGCAACUCCACGUCAUUCCCUCCGCCGCUGCCGCCGGAAUUACCCUCAAUAGCCAACUACUACUGGAUUGGACUGGACUCUCUCUCUCUCUUUCCAAAAGAAAGAAACCUCGACAGACGAUGGAUGACGGUGAAUUGGAGGUGAUUAUUGUGCUUGUGCUAAUCUACUACCACUAGAUAGAUAGAUAGAUAGAUACAGUGAGAGUAUUAAACCAAUAUGGUCAUCAAUACCGUACUUACUCAAAAACCAGAUCUAGAAGAAGAAGAAAAUUCGCAGUACGGGCCAUGGUCGGCGAAGAUCCCGUUGCCGUCCGCCCCGAUGUCUUACGCCUUGCUGUUGCCGUUGGAGAUAGGAAUCAAGGAAGCGAACGGCGAGGACUGGGCGUACGGGUCAGGACUCGGAUCCGACGCGAAUACGAACGCGUCGCAGUUGUUAACG